AUGUGCAAAACUGCGGCUCAGAUUCAUACUCGCAACAAGGCAAGUCGCGAUCAUCAAGUUGUGUCCCUUGAGGAACUGGAAGCAAAUCCUCAGCUUGCUUCUGUUUCCCUCGUAUGCCAAAAACACAACGAUAAAUUCCGGUUUUUUGAUGAGAAAUGUGGUCAUGCAGUUUGUAGGGAAUGCGUUGCUCUUGAACACUUUGGUCACUUGUGUUUACCACUUGCUGAAGCUGCCUCAGGGUAUGGAAAGGAAGUGAAAGAUUUAAUAAAAAAGACUAACGUGGAAACUGAAUCAGCAGUUGAAUUUGAACUGGAAAUGGCUCGACUUGAAAAGGAGGUGGGAUACCUACUAGGCCUCCUUAAAAAGGUAAAGUUAAAAUAA